UUUCUGCUGGCGUAUUUUUUUCUUCUCUGCUGCUGCUGUGUGCACUUUCGCCAAGACAACCAAGCUGAACCAACACACACACACAACACCCCGCUCCACCACCGCAUAUCACCGCUCGCUCGCUUGCUAUCGACCAGCGUUUCCAUUGGCACCAAACCAGUUCCAGUCAGCCAGACCACGAAGAAGCUCCACGUCGUCAUCCUGAGUGAUACGCAGCGUGUGAUCCGUAGCGACCGCAAACAAGACACCCACGUUUGAUUGAGCUUCGCCAAGCCGUUGUUGUUGUUGUUUCUCGGCACUCCAACUGUUCCCGCCACACAACGUACAUACACGUACAUCUACCAAUCCACCGUCCACAAUGUUCAAGAACACAUACCAGUCGGGGUUCCUGUCCAUCCUCUACAGCAUUGGCAGCAAACCCUUGCAGAUCUGGCACAAGGAGGUGCGGAAUGGACACAUCAAGCGCAUCACAGACGACGACAUCCAGUCGCUGGUGAUCGAGAUCAUGGGCACCAACGUCAGCACCACAUACAUCACAUGCCCGGCAGACAAGAAGCAGACCCUCGGCAUCAAGCUGCCGUUCCUCGUCAUGAUUGUCAAGAACAUGAAGAAGUACUUUACAUUCGAAGUACAGGUUCUCGAUGACAAGAACGUGAGCCGGCGGUUCCGCGCGUCAAACUACCAGGGCGCGACACGCGUCAAGCCGUUCAUCUGCUCCAUGCCCAUGCGCCUUGACGAGGGCUGGAACCAGAUCCAGUUCAACCUUGCUGACUUUACGCGACGAGCAUACGGCACCACCUUCAUUGAGGCGCAGCGCGUCCAGAUCCACGCCAACUGCCGCAUCCGGCGCGUGUACUUCAGCGACCGCCUCUACAGCGAAGAUGAGCUCCCCGCAGAGUUUAAGCUCUACCUGCCCCUCCGCGGCAAGGACAAGAAGGGACAGGCCGACGCUGGUCCCGCCACCUCUGCGCCCGAGCCAAGCCAGGCCGCACCCGCGUCCUAAACCCAUCCCCACCAGCCCACCAUACCUCCUUGUUGUUGCAGUACACUCACUGCACACAUACACACAAACACACAUACAUGCAUCUCAGCCGUCGAUCUACCCCUCAUGCCCUCUCCACCAGCAGCUCCUUGUAUCACAUCUGUACUUGCUUGCACUGCGUGUGUUUGUACGUGUGGCUGUGCAGCCGUGUUUUGUUGCGUCGUGUGAUGUGAGCGCUUGCUUUGCGUCUUCUUCCCUAUCCUGUGUUCACCUCGUCAUGUGCCGUUGCUGUUGUUGCUGAUGUUGAUGUUCCCUUUGCUGUGGUUGUGGUCGUGGUUGUCAAGCAGCGAAAUGAACCCAGUCAUCCCCCCCCCUACCACCACCAGGCAGCCAAGUCCAACAUGCCAUUGCACUACCCUUUCACCACCACCACCUCCACUUAUGGCACGGACCAACCAACACCAUCCACAUGC